CUUUUCUGCUGCAGACAGACUAAAGAUACUCCUGCAGAUAGGAUAAACAAUUAUAAUGCCAUAUUGCGUGAAUUCACCGUCGUGAACUAUAUUAAGAGCCUUUAUUUUGCCUUAAAUUGGCCUUUGUUUUUAGAGACAACGUUUUAUCCCUCUGAAUUCGUGACGCCGUUUUAUUGAAUUGCGUGUGUCCUCGUUUUUUCCAUUUAGAAGCAUCCGUGAGGGUAUAACGGGGCAGUCUGUUGUAAAAACUAAUUUCCGAGCAAUAAUUCGUCUUUAACGCAGACAGUCGGAAGGGAUACAACGUCAAAACACAUGGUGCUUUAGAGUAUCUUCUUCAAAAGGGACGGCUAGAGCUCAGAAGAGCCACGGACAGACAGCCCUGUGAUGGAUAAUGCUCAUACGAAGACAGUGGAGGAGGUUUUGGGCUUCUUCGGCGUGAAUGAAUCUACAGGUCUGAGUUGUGAGCAGCUGAGGAAAAACAGAGACAAAUGGGGACCAAACGAACUACCAGCAGAGGAAGGGAAGUCGCUCUGGGAACUGGUCCUGGAACAGUUUGAAGAUCUGUUAGUUCGAAUCCUGCUGUUGGCGGCAUGCAUCUCUUUUACUUUGGCGUGGUUUGAAGAAGGGGAGGGGACCAUCACAGCCUUUGUUGAACCCUUCGUCAUCCUCCUCAUCCUCAUCGCUAACGCGAUUGUUGGAGUUUGGCAGGAGCGAAACGCAGAGAACGCCAUCGAGGCUUUAAAGGAGUACGAGCCUGAAAUGGGCAAAGUGUACCGGCAGGACAAGAAGAGCGUCCAGAGAGUCAAAGCUCGAGACAUUGUUCCUGGAGACAUUGUUGAAGUUGCUGUUGGUGAUAAGGUCCCAGCCGACAUCAGGCUGACAUCCAUCCGAUCCACCACCCUGAGGGUGGAUCAGUCCAUUCUGACGGGGGAGUCCGUGUCAGUCCUCAAACACACAGACCCUGUACCAGACCCCAGAGCUGUUAACCAGGACAAAAAGAACAUGCUGUUCUCAGGUACCAACAUUGCAGCCGGUCGGGCCAUUGGGGUCGUCGUAGCGACAGGGGUGCAGACGGAAAUCGGGAAAAUCCGAGAUGAGAUGGCCUCCACUGACCCCGAGCGGACCCCACUUCAACAGAAGCUCGACCAGUUUGGAGAACAACUUUUGAUUUGUGUGGCCGUGUGGGCCAUCAACGUGGGCCACUUCAACGACCCGGUCCACGGAGGCAGCUGGCUGAGGGGAGCCGUUUACUACUUCAAGAUUGCCGUGGCACUGGCUGUAGCUGCCAUACCAGAGGGACUCCCAGCUGUCAUCACUACCUGCCUGGCCCUGGGCACCAGGAGGAUGGCCAGGAAAAACGCCAUCGUUCGCAGCCUGCCGUCGGUGGAGACGCUGGGCUGCACCUCGGUCAUAUGCUCGGACAAAACGGGCACGCUCACCACAAACCAGAUGUCGGUGUGCAGGAUGUUUGUAGUGGAUAAUGUGUCAGGAGAUCACUGCACCAUGAACGAGUUCACAGUGACUGGAUCUACUUAUGCCCCUGAAGGGGAAGUCUACAAGGACGGCUCAAUGGUGAAGUCCAGUCAGUAUGAAGGCCUGGUGGAGCUGGCCUCCAUCUGUGCGCUAUGCAAUGACUCAUCGCUGGACUACAAUGAGGGAAAGGGUGUGUAUGAGAAGGUCGGAGAGGCAACAGAGACCGCCCUCUGCUGUCUGGUGGAGAAAAUGAACGCGUUUGACACCGACCUGAGGGGCCUGAGCCCCGUAGAGAGAGCCACGGCCUGUUGUUCUGUGAUUAAGCAGCUAAUGAGGAAGGAGUUGACUCUUGAGUUCUCCCGAGACAGAAAGUCCAUGUCCGUCUUCUGUUCAUCCAACAAACUCACCAGGUCAAGCACUGGAGCGAAGAUGUUUAUCAAGGGAGCUCCAGAGAGCGUUUUGGAGCGCUGCAAUUAUAUCCGCGUCAGCGGCUCUGCCCGUGUGCCUUUGACCCCGAGUGUUCGAGAGCAGCUCCUGACCACCGUGCGGGAGUGGGGAUCAGGGCGAGACACACUCAGAUGUCUGGCCAUGGCCACUAGAGACAUGCCCCCUGACAUCCACAGCCUCAAUCUGGAGAACUCAGCUGCCUUUGCCAACUACGAGUCGGACCUGACCUUUGUGGGCUGCGUGGGGAUGCUGGACCCCCCAAGGAAAGAGGUUCUUGGUGCAGUUCGGAUGUGUCGCCAGGCUGGCAUACGAGUCAUUAUGAUCACAGGGGACAACAAGGGGACGGCUCUGUCCAUCUGCAGAAGGGUGGGCAUCAUCACCGAGCAGGAGGAGCAGCAGGAGGGCGCCGGGGUCAGCGGCGGGCUCACGGGCCGGGAGUUCGACGAGCUGCCGCCUCACCUGCAGCGCCAGGCCUGCCGGACGGUGCGCUGCUUCGCCCGCGUGGAGCCGGCCCACAAGAGCCGCAUAGUGGAAUAUCUCCAGAGUCUGAGCGACAUCACUGCCAUGACAGGCGAUGGAGUGAACGAUGCUCCGGCCCUGAAGAAGGCCGAGAUCGGAAUCGCUAUGGGCAGCGGCACCGCUGUGGCCAAGUCAGCCUCCGAGAUGAUCUUAGCUGACGAUAAUUUCUCCACAAUUGUGGCGGCCGUGGAGGAGGGCAGAGCCAUUUACAACAACAUGAAGCAGUUCAUUAGAUACCUGAUAUCCUCCAACAUAGGGGAAGUGGUCUGUAUUUUCCUAACGGCGGCACUGGGAAUGCCUGAGGCCCUGAUCCCGGUCCAGCUGCUGUGGGUCAACCUGGUAACCGACGGUUUCCCAGCAACCGCCCUGGGUUUCAACCCUCCAGACCUGGACAUCAUGUCUCGCCCUCCCCGCUCUCCCAAAGAACCACUGAUCUCCAGGUGGUUGUUCUGUCGCUACCUCAUCGUUGGAUGUUAUGUGGGAGCAGCCACUGUCGGAGCUGCAGCCUGGUGGUUCAUGGCCGCUCACGAUGGACCAAAACUUUCCUUCUAUCAGCUGUCUCACUAUCUGCAAUGCAGUGAAGGCCAUGUCGAGUUUGCUGGUGUGCAGUGCUCCGUCUUCGAGUCGCCGUACCCCAUGACGAUGGCUCUGUCCGUGCUGGUUACCAUAGAGAUGUGCAACGCCUUGAACAGUCUUUCGGAAAACCAGUCCCUGCUGAAAAUGCCCCCCUGGUCAAACCCCUGGCUGGUGGGGGCCAUCUGUCUCUCUAUGGCCCUACACUUCCUGAUCCUGUACGUGGACCCACUGCCGGUGGUUUUUCAGAUCCGGCCUCUGUCCUGGACCCAGUGGGUGGUGGUGCUGAAGAUGUCGCUCCCCGUUAUCCUGAUGGACGAGGCCCUCAAAUUCCUCGCCCGCAACUACAUCGAGCCGGGGAGCCAGAUCCAGACGAUAGAGGAGGAGGAGCUGCAGAGGUCAGCGGCCGGCGGAGGACUCGUGGGCGCGGCGGUUUGGAGGCUGCGUCAGUCGGUGAGGGGCGUGUCCUGGUCAUUCGUCCUGGUCGCCGCGCCGCUGGUGAUCUGGAUCUUCAGCCUGGACUCCGACAUCACCAACAUGUUCUGGGAGUGACGGAGCACAAGAGAGGACAGGAGGGCUGCAAGGGAAACACUGAGACGCAGGAGUGAAAGAGGGGCAAAGGAGGCAAAGAGAUGAAGCAGAAGUCUGGGCGUUUGAGGGGGAGACGUGUAAGAUUUGAGUCCGCGGAAGAUAUUUAUUUUUUAUGAAAGCAAAAGCAACGUUAAGGGG